AUAUGAUUGGAAAGCCUGGAGAUUCUCUGUCGGUUCUCCACCGAUGCAGGUGCAACAAACGGAUCUGUGAUCACAACGCAGAAAUGCUGUUUCAGUCUUCUUCUAUUUUGGUUACCCUGGUGUACGCACUCCUUCCCCGUUUAGUUUACAUGACGUGGCCGCGUACAGACGCGUCCUUGUUGCGAUUGCUUCCAAAGAUGUCUCUAAGUUCAGUGCAGUCCACCUUGUCAACUCUGAAGUCAUGCCAAGCAGAUAUUGGAGGUUGUAUGGACAUGGUAUCAGAUGUUGCGCUGGGAAUAGUUGAAGCACAAGGUAUGGAUAACAGUCCAGCUCUGAAGAAGCUGGAGGGGAUGAUUCUGGAGUGCUCGAGACUGGACAGAGAAAUCAACUGUUUUGUGGAGUCUGUUGAUGAGAUGACUGCUCAGGUCAGACAUGAACCUCCUGAGGCCAUGGUUAACCUGAGAAACUCUGUAAAGGAGCGAUUCACUGAGCUUAUGGCUGGAGUUACAGAUGCAGACCUACAAAGGCACAGCAAGGUUGUUGCCUUCAGAGACAGUGUCAGGAAAUAUGCCAUGCAAGCGGGUCAAACUGCUGCUGAGAAUGAAGAAGAGGAGCUGGAUGAGGACAUUGCUGUAACACAAAGCCAGACAAACUUCAUCUGCCCUCUCACCCAGGUUGAGAUGGUCAAUCCAGUGAAAAACAAGAAAUGCCAUCAUUACUAUGACCAAGAGGCUGUACUUGAAAUGAUUAAGGCCAGGCACAAAAUUAAGAAGAAAUUUCGCUGUCCAAAGGUUGGCUGCGGAAACACAGAUGUUCAGCUGUCAGAUCUCGAGUUGGACCUGGUUAUGAAGAGAAUGAUCCAGAACCAUAAGAGACAGAGCGGAAAAACGUAAUUUGACUAAAUCAGUCCUGCAGAUGUUACAGUUGUUCUGGCUGUAAUAGGAAAAUGGUUUUGCCUGAAUUUUCAAAUGUAGAACUGGAGACUUUUGUAGUAAAAUUUGGUUCAUGUUAAUCUAUAACACAUUUAUAGUUCAUGUUUACAAUACAAAUAUAAAUGCACUGUGCUUGUCAAUGCUGACCUUUUUUUUUUUUUUUUAAAUAAACAUUUGCACCGUUCUCAUAUUACCUCACUGUCAAACCUCAGAUCAACUAGUCAAACUCUGUUUGACUAUCCUUAGUCAAACAGAGUAAGACUUUUUCAUCUCUAGCAAUGACAAUAAAAACCUAGUUCUUUUCAAAACUCAAUUCACAACCAAAUGUUUAUUCAACAUAAUUGCACUGUAAAAUAAUCCAUUAGCAUCAGGCCAAAAGCCUGUUUUAUAGUACUCCACCAUGUCACAAAGACAUGAAAUCAGCAUGAGACAUGGGCAUUAAAACCAGCUGUAAGUUGUACAGGUUUAUUACAAUAUCUGCACCAACCCUUUGACUGCCUCAAAAACCUUUGACUGUGUACAACUAAUUAAAACAAUACAAACUUUGGAAAUUCUUCCAUGUGGAAAAUUCAGUGAGGCAUUUCAUGUCGAGACACAUAAAAACGACAGUCUGAUUGGUUACGCCCGGUCAAUAUGAAAGCGGCAUUCGAAUUUGGCCCUAAGACCCUAACAGACAAAUACAGGAAAAAGACCUCAUGAUCAAAAGUCUCAGACAGUUCUGAUUGACUAGCUAUUUGAGACAAAGGGACACGGGCAUCGACUUAAACAACCCAUUAUUUAAACCCAGAGCUUCCCAUACAUUGAAUUUUCAUAAUUUUGACAUAAACAGCAUUUCAUUAUUGAAGUGAAUUAUUGAAGAUUAAGUCAUUUUCAUUUUUACAUGAACAAGUAGGCUAAAAA